UAAUCGAUCGCCGACCGCUGCCCUCUGCCGACAUAGCGCUUUGCCCACCAUUCCCUUUCUGCCCAGCUGCACCCAGGCUCUGCUCGUCCACUGGAGAAAUGGCAACGACGGUGAAGCUGAACACCGGUGCUUUAAUGCCCUUGGUCGGACUUGGGACAUGGAAGUCUCCUGCUGGUAAAGUGACAGAAGCAGUCAAAGCGGCCAUCGCUGCAGGUUACAGGCACAUUGACGGCGCGUACGUCUACCACAAUGAGGCUGAGGUGGGAGAAGGUGUUCAUGCCAUGAUCAAGGAAGGUGUGGUAAAGAGAGAGGAUCUUUUCAUUGUCAGCAAGCUGUGGUGCACUUUCCAUAAGAAGUCAAUGGUGAGGCCAGCCUGUGAGAAGACCCUCAGUGAUCUGAAACUGGAAUACGUAGACCUCUAUUUGGUGCACUGGCCAUUGGGUUUAAAGCCUGGCAGUGAUGACCUUCCCUUGGAUAGCGAGGGAAAGCUUAUCAGUGAUGACACUUACUUCUUGGAGACUUGGGAGGCCAUGGAAGAACUGGUUGACGCUGGUUUGGUCAAAGCUAUCGGUAUCUCCAACUUCAACAAGGAUCAGAUUGAAGCCAUUCUCAAUAAGCCAGGCCUUAAAUACAGGCCUGCCACCAACCAGGUGGAGUGCCACCCAUAUUUGACGCAGGAAAAGCUGAUCAACUACUGCCAAUCUCAGGGCAUCACUGUGACGGCGUACAGCCCCCUGGGCUCCCCUGACAGACCCUGGGCUUCGGCUGACGACCCACAACUCCUGGAGAGUCCCAUCAUUAAGGCCAUCGCGGAGAAGCACAAGAAGACGACGGCUCAGGUCCUGAUCCGCUUCCAGGUCCAGAGGAAUGUGAUUGUGAUCCCUAAGUCCAUCACGCCCCAGCGCAUUCAGGAGAAUUUCCAAGUCUUUGACUUUGAGUUGUCCGAGGAGGAAAUGAAAACCAUACUUGGAUUCAACCGGAACUGGCGAGCCUGUCCCAUGCAGUGGGGCACAAAUCACAAGGACUUUCCAUUCAAUGCUGAAUACUGAGAUGAAAUACUGAGCAUCCAUGGGGUUUGCAGUGACGGCUUAACCUUGGUUGAUUGAUCUUUAGAUGCACUUAAUGAGACCUUGUGUCAGCCUCAGUACAGAUUUACAAACUGUGCUCCUUUUAUUCAUUGCGGGUGGGAAUUUUGCACUAGUGUGGUAUAAAUUUAUAGUUUUUGCUUACAUUGGCUUAUGUCGAAAAUAAGAAUGUAGUUCCUGGUUGUCAGUUCUACGUCAUGUAGUGCAAGUUUAAUAUCAAUGUGUGUAAGCUCUGAAUUCAGGAGCAGUACAAAUUCAGUACAUUCAUAUGUCAGAUAUUUCAGUGAAAUUGCAUUUGAAUUACACAAACUUGCCCAAAAAGUUGUUGUUUUUUUUAGUUUAAAAAAAACAAAACAAAAAAAAACAUCAUCAUCCUUCAUUUAAACUUGUUUUUAUUCUUAAUUUGAAAUGUUGAAUCACAUGGGCUGUGGUGUCGGUGCCUUGGUUAUGCAUAACUGCAAACACUGACUGCUUAGUGACAAAGGAGUUUUCCCUCAUUAGUGUUGCCCGUGGUAUGAAAUGAUUAGUCUCGCUCUCUGUCAGCUGAGUACUUCAAUAAAAAAAAAUCCUGUGGGGCAAAAAUAAAA